CUGUUAAGUUAUUCAUGGAUUAAAUAAAUCUUUUGCUUCAUUUUAUAUACGUUUGGUUCCCCUUAUCCUUCUUAUUGGCAUUACUUAAUUUAGGACAGACCGUCCCUCAAUGACGGCGGUACCUUGACGGCGCAGUUGGAUAUCAAAUCAGAGAUCGUUCUUUUGAAAUCUAGGUACCUGAGAAAUGGAGUAUAAAAUGACUGCUUUCCUUCUUCCUUUUUGACUAUUAAAGUUGCUAAGAUGAAGAUUUUCGCUGCUACACUCGCUGCUUCUCUCACCCUCAUCGCUGGUGAGUAGUACUGUUAGUGAGAUUCAAAUGCUAAUUAGAGUUAGCUCAUCCAGGUCAUCAUGAUCCUGUCCCUCAAGCUGCAGAUGUGAAAGCACGCGCUGCUUCUGCCGCACAUUGCAACGAGCACGUCGCAAAGCGUUAUGAAGGAAUGCGUAAAAGAGGUUCAAUGAGUCUUUUCGAAAAGGCCCCAACGACCCAUUUCGAUAAGAUUCAGAACACUACUUGUGUACUCGCUCCUACCGUAACUGAAGGUCCAUACUGGAUUACCGGCGAGCAAGUUCGUAAUGAUAUCACCGAAGACCAACAAGGUAAACCACUCGUACUUGACAUUGGUAUCCUUGAUGUCAAUACUUGUGAACCACUCGAAGGUGCCUACAUUGAUGUAUGGCAUGCAAAUGCCACAGGAUAUUACUCCGGCUUUGAGGACUUCACUCUCGAUGCUCCUUCUAAGAGACAAAUGAACACACCUACUUCUAACAACACCUACCUUAGAGGUAUUGCAAAGACUAACGAAGAGGGUAUUGUCGAAUUCAAGACUAUCUUCGGUGGUUUCUACACUGGUCGCGCUCCACAUUUCCACCUCAAGGCAUUCAUCGACGCUGAAGAAUCCGACGACGGUAGUAUCACAGGUGGAGAGACAGCCUUCACCGGUCAACUUUUCUUCACUGAUGAAACUGCUAACGAUGUCUUCGCUGAAUACCCUUACACUGAAAAUGAAAACACAAGAAGUUACAACUCUGAUGACACCAUCCUGACAAGCGAGCAAGGCAAUGGUAACAACCCAAUUGUCGAUUUGGUUGAUAUUGAUGGUACAUUCUAUGGUAUUAUUACCGUUGGAAUUAACGCUACUGCCACUGACCAAACCGGUUAAAUGGUGACAUCAUAAUUGUUUAUCUAAAAUUAGACGUGUUCACUCAUGUAUGCAAUUCGGAAAUUGUUUUACAUUCUUAACUUUUUUUUCCUCGUUUGAUGGCUGAAGCUCUCAUUUGAUCGGCAUGACUACAUGUCUUUGUUUGUCCAAUGUGACUUUGUAUGAAGAAUACGUAGUUAGACCAGAACUGUUUGUGUUAAUUAUGGUCGUAAUUCAGUCCUUGUGUGUCUUCCGAGAAGUAAUUCUGCCCGUCAGUUUGCGUCUGCAUUUAGCCAACACACCCCAGAUCAUUUUACAUGUUAUCGAGAAAGGUAAACACCUUACUACCUUGGGUUAUUUUCUUUAUGUAAUUCAUCGUCAAAUUACCUCCUUCUGAAUCACGUAUCUCAAAACUCGCGUGUUUGAAGUUCUGAGACAGGAGACUGUGUCUUGUUAAAAAAAGUUGACUGCUCGCAUAGCCAUUCUCGAUGACUAAAUGGCCAGUAUUACAGAAACGCAUUAAUUCCUCUUCUCGCUACAUCUUACAGAACUUUAUACUUGGAAGAAUCCCACGGUUUCAAAAUUGCAAAAUCGUUGAACAAGGCGAUUUGGUAAUUCCUCCACAGUUGUUGUAUUACAAGCAUGUAAAUAUCUAAACAUUUAAUUAAUAUUAACAUAUUGUGUACUCGAAGAUGACAAAUAAUACUCGGAAAUUCCUAGUUUUAUAACCAUAAUGCAUUUAAAAUUUGACUUCUAUAAUUCCUCGUUUAGUUCGAGCAUCACCGGUAGGUGAUCUGAUGCGUAGAUCUCAUACCGUAUGUCACAGGCUGCUACUUUAUCAAUGAGGCGCUCAUCGAUAAUAAAUGUAUCCAGUCUCCAUCCAAUACUGGCACCUCUGCCGCCUAUUCUCAUUGAAUAGAAGGUAUAUUCCCCUUGCUCGUCCCAUCCAUGGGUAUGACGCCAUGCAUCGUAAUGUUUUCUACGCUUGCUAUCCAUAUCAGCAUCACUUAUGUCUUUCAUCACAUCCUGAUCAUUGAGGAUUCGUUUAAGUGAACGACGUUCAGCGAGGGUUGUGCCAGCACUAACACCCCACGUUCCACCGCGAGGAUGCAUAUCAUAUGAUACGGCCGUAGUGUUGAGAUCACCACACCAUAUGACCGACUUAGAAUCUCCCAGCUGAUUAAUCCAUGCAAAAAGUGCAUCAUCCCAUGUUUGACGUUGGGAUUUAUCGUGCAUCAAAGCCGAAUUCGGAACGUAAGUGCCGAUAAGGAAUGUAUUUUCAAACUCUAAAGUAACGAUUCUACCCUUGGUUGAUUGUGUGUCCUCAUGCGUUGGCAGUGAUAGCCAUUUAUUCAAUGGUUUCACUUUCGAGAGAAUUGCACAACCGGCAUAACCUUUUUUAAGCGAAUUAGACCAGCUCUGAUAGGGAAAUUGGGCACGCAAGAGUAGAUUACCGGGUGCCUCUGCCGUCUGAUGACGUCGUUAAUUGAAUUAAUAAAUGCCAAUGGGUGAAAGACGGGCCUUAGUUUCAGAGAGAAUGAGAAUAUCAGGCUUUUCGGCUUUGAUGUACCUCAUAAACCCCUUCUUAAGAAUGCUCUGAUAAGAGACGAUAUUCCACGCGACCAACUUGGUUGAUUGCGGAUAGAGCUUCUCUGGUAGUUUUAUUAUCUGCGGGAUUGAACCGUUCUUUGAGUAUUUAGACAUGGACGUAGAGGUGAUAGUCGCUAGUG